GCCAACUAUGCUUUCAGUUGAAAGAUGUGUUGCUGUCAGUGGGCCACGUCCGAAGAACCAAGGCUUCUGUGUAUGCCCAGGCGGCAGGGCAGCCAUGAUUCUGUCCUCUUGUCGUGGUGAGAGCAGAUGAAUGGAUGCACUAAUGUGCAUGUGAUUUGGUGAAAGCUGGAACAAGCUGGAUGACAAAAUGGGAAAGAAGAGAAAAGAUAGCACCUUCCAGUCUGUUCUCUGCUGCUGUUGCUGCUGUUCCAUGCAGGAGAGGCAAGUAAGAACACAGAUAAGCCUCAGCAAAAAUGAAGAACCUGCAGAAAAUUGUUCCCAACGUCACAGGCCAUGGCUCGACAAGCUGAAGAGCAAGAAGCAAUCCAACAGAGGAGGGGCGCAACCCUCAAAACGCAAGCCGCUGCCUCCCCUCCCGCUCUCAGUGCUUGCUGAAGAGAGGAUCCGGGUUAAGGCUCUCUAUGAUUUCAUGCCCCGGGAGCCCUGCAAUUUGGCACUAAAGAGAGCAGAGGAAUACCUGAUAUUGGAGAGGUGUGAUCCUCACUGGUGGAGGGCCAGGGACCGUCUGGGGAAUGAAGGCUUAAUCCCAAGCAACUACGUGACAGAAAACAGAGUCACCAAUUUAGAAAUAUAUGAAUGGUAUCAUAAGAACAUUACAAGAAACCAGACGGAACGCCUACUGAGGCAAGAGGCUAAAGAAGGUGCAUUUAUUGUGAGAGAUUCGAGACAUUUGGGGUCUUAUACAAUUUCUGUGUUUACAAGAGCUGGAAGACAUGCACAGUCUUCAAUAAAACAUUAUCAGAUUAAAAAGAACGACUCGGGACAAUGGUAUGUCGCUGAGAGACACCUCUUUCCAUCUGUUCCAGAGCUGAUCCAGUAUCACCAGUACAAUGCAGCUGGUCUCAUGUCCCGUCUCCGCUAUCCAGUUGGGCUCCUGGGCAGCUGCUUACCAGCCACAGCUGGUUUUAGCUAUGAAAAGUGGGAGAUAGACCCAUCUGAGCUGACCUUUGUCAAGGAGAUUGGAAGUGGUCAGUUCGGGGUAGUCCACUUAGGAGAAUGGAGAGCACACAUCCGGGUCGCCAUCAAGGCCAUCAAUGAAGGUUCCAUGUCCGAAGAGGAUUUCAUCGAAGAAGCCAAAGUGAUGAUGAAACUGUCACACUCGAGGUUGGUUCAGCUCUAUGGAGUGUGUAUACAGCAGAAGCCCCUCUACAUAGUGACAGAGUUCAUGGAAAAUGGCUGCCUGCUCAACUACCUGCGGGAGAGGAAAGGCACGCUUCAGAAGGCCUUGCUCUUGAGUGUGUGCCAGGACAUCUGUGAAGGGAUGGCGUACCUAGAGAGGAGCUGCUAUAUCCACAGGGAUCUGGCGGCAAGGAACUGUUUGGUCAGCUCUUCCUGCGUAGUAAAGAUCUCAGACUUUGGGAUGACGAGGUACGUUUUGGAUGACGAAUACAUCAGUUCCUCUGGAGCUAAGUUCCCAGUCAAGUGGUCCCCACCCGAAGUGUUCCAUUUUAACAAGUACAGCAGCAAAUCUGAUGUCUGGUCGUUUGGAGUUCUAAUGUGGGAAGUUUUUACAGAAGGGAAAAUGCCUUUUGAAAAUAAGUCCAAUCUGCAAGUGGUGGAAGCCAUUUCUAAGGGGUUCCGCCUGUAUCGCCCUCACCUGGCCCCCAUGUCCAUCUACGGAGUUAUGUACAGUUGCUGGCAUGAGAACCCCAAAAGUCGUCCGACAUUUGCCGAACUGCUUCAGGUUCUCACAGAAAUUGCCGAAACCUGGUGACCUAAAAUGGAAUGCCAGCCUACAGGGUCAUCUUGCAAACCUGUCACAAGGUGAAAUCAUGGGCAUCACUGACAGCGAGUACCUUCCAUUAGGGUUAUUGACUCUUG